AUGUUCCAGACGCUCACGAACGGCCUCUACACCCCCACCCUGCACCGGGUCCUCAACACUGACCCCGCGCGCUCACGCGUAACAAUACAGUUCCUCGACGAGCCGCCCUUCGAGGCCACCAUAGCGCCGCUGCCCCAGCUCGUGGCUGCCGCAGCGUGCGGCGCGGCGGCCAACGGCGUGGGGCGUGCCGCCCGGUUCCCCGCACUGCGCUAA